CAGAUCUCUAGCAAUCUUUUGAAACUCUCUCUGGUCAACUUUAAUCAUAUCCUCCCAUGAGUUGUAAAUAUGCAAUAAGGAAAUUUUUGGUUGACAUGUAGGAAAAGCUGGAAUAUCCAAAAUGUGUCUGAAGCAGUGGUUCAGGAGAUUAGAAGGCUCCUAUCAUUGCAUCCCAUGCUUGUGAUGGCUACAAAAGCAGUUGUCUUAGGCAACAAGUAUUCAACGAAUGAGUUAACAAGGAAUUACGGAAAAUGGAAUGUAGUGGAUAACCCAUAUUCAAGAAAUGUAACAAGUAGUGAUCGGCAACUUCCAUAUCGUGAGAAUAUGCCUUCUGUAUGGCAGUCUUUUGUGACUCACAGGAUUCUCGUACAAGCUACAGAUGAUGAUUUGGUUAAUGAUGAGCAUCGGAAGGGCUUCGUAUAUCUAUUAGAAUGGUUGAUGCCACCAGUGAAUUCCUUGGACAAAUUCACAGUGACAGGCACUGUUGUGUUCAUUCUUUCUUGAACUUGUUUACUGGGUUACAUAACUUCAGCAAACGGUUCCCAGCAACUGGAGUGUAAAAUGGGACUUAUCGGGUUCAGUCUUGAAUUAUAUUCUGGGACUCGGGUG